CACUCAUCAGUUUCACCACAAGUCUACAACACUUCCAUUCUCUCAUCAUAUGAUUCUUUAGUCUAUCAUCUAUUCUUAUCUAUCCUCACAAUAAAAUUCAGAUAAUAUAACUAUUACUAUAGAACCAAACUCUAACUUACACAUAUUAUAUUUAUUUCUCAUCAUACUCUUGUAUCAAAUUUCAGAUUAAUAAUUCUCUUAAAAUUUAAUAUCUUUCUAAUAAUUUACGAAAUUAGAGAUUUUAUUUGUAAAGUUACUAUUUUGGGAUACACAUACUCAAAAUGGAAGGUAAAAAGGAUAUGUUAACUUGGGAGCAGAAUACACUUUUAAGCGAGCUCACUAUUGGACUGGAGGCGGCCAGAAAGCUCCACGCCCAACUUGGAGGAUCAUCAUCAUCAUCGUCGUCACUGACGUCAUUUUCUUCUCCGGCGACUGAGACGAGCAAAAUUCUCCUGAAGCAGAUACUUUCUUCCUACGAGAAAUCUCUUGCCAUUGUAAACUGGUCUUCCUCACCGCCCGUACAACUUAUUCUGAAGGAGGAUGCUGUAGCUCCGGUGACACACUCCGGCGUAAUUCCUGAAUCUCCCGCGUCGAUAAACGGAAGUCCGAGAAGCGAAGAGUUUAUUGAUGGAGGAGGUUCCAAAGAUACUCAUCGCCAAGAUCACUUUUUCAACUCAAAGAAAAGGAAGAUGUUACCAAAGUGGACAGAAAAAGUGAGAAUAAACCCAGAAAGAGGCUUAGAAGGACCUCAUCAAGAUGAUGUCUAUAGCUGGAGAAAAUAUGGCCAGAAAGACAUUUUGGGCGCCAAGUUCCCCAGGAGUUAUUACAGAUGCACACACCGUAGCACACAGAACUGUUGGGCAACUAAGCAAGUCCAGAGAUCAAACAGUGAUCCAACUGUUUUCGAAGUGACGUACAGAGGAGCGCACACUUGCCGGCAGGGAUCCGCAGCUCCUCCUCCACCAGCUUCGCCGGAGAAGCAAGACACCAGAACCAAACAACCCAUUGCUCAAACCCCUAACGAGCUUCUCGAGAGUCUCAAAACCAGCUUAACCGUUCGAACCGAGGGUCUUGACGACGGUGAAGAUGUUUUCUCCUUCCCUAAUACGCCGCCGUUUUACGAUUACGGGACUACCAACGACUAUUUCGGCGGACUCAUGGAGAGUUCACCUAUCUUCGACGCUGUUGAUUGGUUCAAUCCAACGGUCGACAUUAACCCGGAAUUUCCCACGUUUUUACCAGACUCGAUUUAUUAUUAAAAAAAAACAUAAUGUAAAAGAGAAUAACACUUGUCAGCCAGGGAACAUCACUUACUAGAUAACUUGUAUUGCAUUUUAUUUCACGUAGUAGAUGUAACUUGUAAUUUUUUUUCAUGGUUAAAAGAAUAACUUUGCAGUUGAAUUAAUUUUGUAACAAGACAAAUAAUACGAUUCAAUAAUAUUUUUAUUCUCCAAUUCUAUA